AUGACCCCCUCCUACAUCAGCACAUCCCACUCUCUGGGCAGCACCAAGACUCCUAGAGCAACAAAUGUCAUCUCCUCCACUGACACUGGGGGUCAGCUUGGGGCAGAGGCCAAGGCUGCCUCCCUGUGCCUCUCAGCCCCCCUGGCACAUGCCCAAAGAGUCUGUGUGGGGACCACCCCUCCGGGCCAACCCAGCCUCUGUCUGCCCCAUGGCUGCCACACCACUCGCCCCUUGCCAGGCACCUGCAACAUUCCCGGCAACAUUGGGACCUGCAGCCAUGAGAAGGUGACCAUACAGGUCCUGAAUGACCACCUGGUCACCUGCCUGGAGAAGGUGUGCCAGCUGCAGCGGGACAGUGUGGAGCUGGGGACCAAGAUCCAGGAGGUGAGCAAAUGCCAGGAGUCUAGCGUGUGCCUGGGCUGCCAGAGCUACUUCUGGGCCACCGAGGAGCUACAGCUGAAGAUCCUGGGCAGCAAGGCUGAGAAUACCAGGAUGACUGUAUAAACUGACACCACCACGCUGGCUGCUGUUGACUUUAGAAUCAAGCACGAGAAUGAGCACUCCCUGUGUCAGGUGGUGGAGGCAGACACAUGCGGGAUGCACAAGUUUCUGGAUGACCUGAGCCUGGCCAAGGCUGGCCUGGAGGCCCAGCAGGAGUCCCUGAAGGAGCAUCUCUGUCUUGAGAGCAACCAUCAGCAGGAAGUGAGCACUCUGAAGUGCCAACUGGGGGACAAGCUCUGGAUUGAGCUGGACACGGAGCCCACUGUGGAUCCGGGCAGGGUGCUGGAGGAGGUUGGUGCCAUGGUGGAGACCAACCUCUGUGAUGUGGAGCGGCGGUUCCAAGCUCAGUCUGAAGGCAUCAGCCUGCAGGCCACAUCCUGCUCCAAGGAGCUGCAGUGCUGCCAGUCAGAGAUCCUGGAGCUGCGAUGCCCCGUGAACGCCCUGGAAGUGGAGCGCCAGGCUCAGCCCGCGCUGAAAGGCUGUCUGCGGAACUCCCUGCGUGAAGCUGAGGCCUGCUUCAGCACCGAGCUGGCUCAGAUGCAGACCCUUAUCAGCAAUGUGGAGGAGCAGCUAUCUGAGAUCUGGACUGACCUGGAGCAGCAGAACCAGGAGUACCAGGUGCUGCUAGACAUCAGGGCCCGGCUGGAGGGCGAGAUCACCACGUACUGGAACCUUCUGGAGAGUGAGGACUGCAAGCUCCCCUGCUCCCCGGGCAGGACGUUGGCCUCCAGCACCGCCUGCCCAGCCCCUGCAGCCUGUAGCCCCUGCACUCCCUGGCUUUCGGGGCCUCCUUGAGCCUCCUGGGGGCCCUGUUCAUGCCCUCAGUGCUGACAUACCUCCUCUGCUAGAGGUACUGGAUAACGGGAGACGUCUGCAGCCCCCGUGGCCCCACUCUCCAGGCUUCCUGCCCAAGGCUAACUUCAUCAGCCAGCUGGGCAGGAGAUUGAAGCCAGGUGAUGUUUCUCUGCUGUCGGGCUUUCCAGUCCAGUAGCUCAGCCCUGGCCCCUGGAUUCAUGUCUCCUCUCUCAAGGUGCCUCCAUACUCCAUUCCCUCUCUUUCACUGCCUCCUGGUC